UAUUUCACAGACAAGAAACAGCUUCAAGGGAAAAAAAAUCCGCGCAAAUUAAAGUAUAAAGCAAAUUGUUGUGACUUUUAUUUUCUGGCUUUAUUGCAUUACUUUAGAUAAACUUCAAAGUGAGUAAUAGAAAUUAACCGUCUGUAGAAGAGAAAGCGGCAUCGCAAUGGAUGAGCAAGAGGCGUACACUCAGAGACUGAAGGCUGCUGUCCACUACACGGUGAGUAAAAUCUGCCAGAGUACAGCGGCGGAGUGUGAGAAGGAGAUGAGCAGGCAGGCUGUAGCUGCAAUCGCUGAAACCACUUUCAGACAAUGCGAGAUAUUUGCUAAAGAUCUGGAGGCCUUUGCGAGACAUGCCAAAAGACACACGAUCAAUGUGGAUGAUGUGAAACUUCUAGCAAGAAGGAGUACAGCACUGUCCAGCCACAUCCAGCAAAAGAGUGAAGAACUGGCAGUAAACAACCAGGAGCUGAAGGAGAAGAGGAAGAAGAAUGCUGCCAAGAGAAAGAGUAAGGAGAUGGAGGGGAAUGAGGCAGAUGAAGCAGGAGACACAGAGAACUAAUUCAUAUGACCAAGGUCACUGGUGGACACUAGCAAUAGGGGCAAGAAGUGUACAGAUAUUAAAGGGGGACAAAACCCAAAGACAUGUACAGCCUGAAUGAAGUUCUUCAGGAAAAUGUUCACCAGCAGUGCAUCAAUGAAUCACUCACAGCCAUGAAUCAAGAGUGUGUUUUAUUGUAAUAUAGAAGAUGCAAAACAUUUUUCACUGCCUGUGAAUAUUAAAGUGUGACUGUAUAAAA